AUGCAGGUACCAGCUCAUGGUUCAAACAGAGAAAAUGAGGGUGCAACCAGCACAAGUUUACUUAAGAGACAGGGGCCACCACAGGACAGCAAUCAUGGCUCAUCGGAUGCAUCGCUCGGACAAGAUAAUGAAAAUCCAUGGGAUCUAAGCAUGUUUAAUGAUAUGGAACUAGACCAGGUAACUGAUAGUGGGGAUGGACAAGCACAAAACAUUCAGGAAAAUGGAACAAUGCAACCUGACAAUGUCGAUGCUGAUGAUGAAAAUGAAGAACAGCGGAAGGACAUUACAGAGGAUGAUAUAAAUAUCUUUCUAUCAAAUGAGAAACUAGCUGCUGAGGGUGUUCAACGGGAGGAACAUUCAGAAAAUGAAAGAGACACAGAGUUCAAACCUCAUGUAGGAAUGGAGUUUGCGACAAGAGAUGAAGCUCAGAAGUUUUUCAACAUGUAUGCUUACAAUGUUGGGUUCUCGGUCACCUGUGUUUCAUCUUACCGUACUACAAGUAAGAAAAGAAACAAUGAGGUCAUAAGGUUUACAAUGAAAUGUAACAAGUAUGUCAAAAACACUGAAGAGGAAAAUGAUCAGAUUGUUGCGCAACGACAAAGCACAGUAAUAGCUAAGACUGAUUGCAAAGUAGAAAUGGUAUUCAGUGACAGACAAGGAAUGUGGAGAAUCACAGGAAUGCAUCUCUUGCACAACCAUGAACUAUGCCCACAGAGCAGAUUCUACAGGUCACAUAUAUACAUGUCAGAUGCUGAAAAAGAGAUGAUUCGAACAAUGAAACAUUGCAACAUGCCAACCAGGGACAUGGUUGCAGUGUUGGCAUUUAUAAGAGGAGGCAUGUCACUUCUACCAUACAACAAAAGAAAAGUCAGCAACUACAGCACUACCAUAAACAGAGAGGUGACAAACAAUGAUAUGAUGGAGGUCUUGGAUUGGUUUCACAAAAAAAGACAGAGAACCCAAGUUUCUAUCACUCAAUGGAUUUGGAUAAAUGCAACAAAGUGGGGAGUGUAUUUUGGGCAGAUGCUAGAGCAAUACAGUACUAUGACAUCUGUGGUGACUGUGUGAGCUUCGACACUACAUUCCUAACAAAUAAAUAUAAUCUCCCAUUUGCACCAUUUGUUGGAGUGUCGCCACACGGAAAAACCUACCUAUUUGCAUGUGCAUUCAUUAUAAAUGAAACAGCCGACAGUUUUGAGUGGUGUUUCCGAGAGUUCAAGAAAGCAAUGGGUGGCAAGUGCCCAAAAUCAAUUAUAACUGACCAAGAUAGAGGAAUGGCGAGUGCAAUACCCACUAUUUUCAAAGAUGCAACACACAGAUGUUGCUUGUUUCAUGUUAAGAAAAAUAUUGAUGACAAAGGAGGGCCAGUGUUCCAAGCAAAUGAGGGGUUGUACGAGGAAAUGCAGGACAUAAUAGAUAAAUCAUUGACAGUCCAUGAAUUUGAAACACUAUGGCAGGCAAUGAUAACUGAGUAUAAAGUGGGGCACAUAAAGAUAUUUCAGGAUAUCUGGAAAAGCAGACAGAAGUGGGUUCCAGUUUACUUCAAGAAUAAGUUCUUCCCCUUCAUCCAAACAACAGCUAGAAGUGAGGGCACUAAUGCAUUGUUUAAAAAGGGGGUAGGACCACAGUUCAGCAUGACAAGCUUCCUGCGGGAGUACCAGCGGAUAAUGGACACAAUGCAUGCAAAUGAGGAUGAAUUAGAUCAUAAUGUAGUAAACAAAAGAGUUAAAGAAAAGAAGUUCCUAACUGAAUACUACAUCGAAAGACAGGCCCAUGAGCUCUACAAUAUUUCCAUCUUUAGGAAAUUCCAGAGAAUCCUAAAUGAUGUUACAAGACUACAAAUCAGAGAAGAUGAGAAGGGCAAGAUAUACUGGGUAUUUCAGGCAAAAAAUUACCCAAUAAAAGAGCACAGACACAGAGAUUACCUAGUCCAAGUGAAUCUACAAAACCAGGACUACUCAUGCAUAUGCUGCAAGUUUGAUAAGGAUGGUUUGCUUUGCUCUCACAUCUUGAAAGUAAUGCUGCAACUACAAAUAGACAAGAUCCCGGAAAAGUAUAUAAUAGAUAGGUGGCGGAAAAGACAGAAAAAACUAUUCAAUCUUCCAGCUCCACCAGAAAAUGAGGACAACAUUGUUCUGAGAUUUAAUGUUCUAUCUAGAUUGUUGGGAUACACAGCUUCGACUGGUUCAAAAACCAAAAGAAAUUACCAGUACUUGCUGCAAGAGAUACCAAGGAUAGAAGCAGAAAUGGCAAGAAUGAACAAUGAAGAUGAACAGGUCUCAGAAAUGGGACAAAACAGUUCAGCGCGGACAGUUGUCAAUUUAGACCCUACUGCUGAAAGUGCAUCGAACAUACACCUACUUGACCCAGAUGUUGCUGAUACAAAGGGCCGCCCUAGGUUGCUGACUAUAAAAGAAAGAAUUAAGCAGAAUAAAUUCUAUAGUUGCAGCCACUGUGGUUCUAAUAAGCAUACAAAGAAAAAUUGUGACAAGCUGCAUUUGGUCUUCAAUUUACCAAAAAAGCCAAGAAAACAAAAGAAAAGGGACAAUGGUGAGAUUUAUUUUCUUACUGUGCAUAUAGAAAAAAUCUAUAAGCUACUGAUGACUAACAUUUCUUUGAUGACAGGUUCACAAACUGAGGGACAUGGAACAAAAACGAAGAAGUCCAAGAAAGCCACAGAACCUAAUGAUGAACAUCAACCCCUAUGUCAGCCAAGUGUAUCUUCCUCGGUGAACCCAAACCAAGAUGGAAACUAGGGAGAUCAAAUAAAAACAUAGUUGUGUAAAUGAUGUAAUCAUGGGUGGCAGAAUUAAAAACUAAAUUUGUUGGUUCUUAAUGUAAUAUUUAUGUUACUGCUGAAAUAUUCAUAUGUUUAUGGUGUGGCAUAAGCAAGAA